UCUCUCUCUACCCUGUUUCUCUCUCCUCACACGGUGUCGGGUCGGGUCCUGCAUUCUCGGAGCCAUCGCCGGAAUCGAAAUGGCGGGAUCCUUAGCGGCAAAUCUCAUCCUGCGCCGAUCGCCGCCGCAGAGCCGAUUCUUCUUGCAACGAUUCAUUUCUCAGCCGGCGGUGGAGAGGACGAAGGAAACCGUCGCCGGAGCACCAAAAUUGCCGGCGUUCGAUUACUCUCCGCCGGCGUACACCGGUCCCACCGCCGACGAGAUCAUGGCGAAGCGCAGGGAUUACCUCAGCCCCUCGAUCUUCCACUUCUACAAGAAACCGCUGCACCUGGUGGACGGGAAGAGGCAGUACCUGUUCGACGAGAAGGGAAGGAGGUACCUUGAUGCGUUCGGAGGGAUUGCUACGGUGUGUUGCGGGCACUGCCACCCUGAUGUGGUGGCGGCCAUCGUGGAACAGACGAAGCGGUUGCAGCACUCAACGGUUCUGUACCUGAACCAUGCCAUCGCUGAUUAUGCUGAGGCUUUGGCCUCUAAGCUUCCCGGUGAUCUCAAGGUAGUGUUUUUUACAAAUUCUGGAACGGAAGCAAACGAACUGGCUUUAUUGAUAGCAAAGUUGUACACUGGAUGCCAUGACAUAAUAUCUCUGAGGAAUUCUUACCAUGGCAAUGCAGCUGGGACGAUGGGGACCACAGCUCAAAGCAUUUGGAAAUUCAAUGUUGUACAGAGUGGUGUUCAUCAUGCAGUAAAUCCAGACCCUUAUAGGGGUCUUUUUGGUUCUGAUGGAGAGAAAUAUGCAAGAGAUGUCCAAGAGAUCAUUGAUUUCGGAACUUCCGGAAAUGUUGCUGCCUUCAUAUCUGAAGCUAUACAGGGAGUGGGGGGCAUCGUUGAGUUGGCUCCUGGUUACUUGCCUGCUGCCUACAAUAGUGUUAGAAAAGCUGGAGGUCUUUGUAUUGCCGACGAGGUUCAGGCUGGGUUUGCUCGCAUUGGUAGCCAUUUCUGGGGAUUUGAGGCCCAUGGUGUUGUACCUGACAUAGUAACAAUGGCAAAGGGCAUUGGAAAUGGCAUUCCUCUUGGUGCUGUUGUUACCACUCCUGAGAUUGCAAAGGUCUUGACUCGCCGAAGUUACUUUAACACCUUUGGUGGGAAUCCUGUUUGUACUGCUGCAGGAAUGGCUGUUUUAAAAGUAUUAGAGAAAGAGAAGCUUCAAGAAAAUGCGUUUGUAGUGGGCUCCCAUUUGAAAGAUAGGCUUAAUGCUCUCAAGGAAAAAUACGAAUUAAUUGGUGAUGUGAGAGGAAGUGGAAUGAUGCUUGGAGUUGAACUUGUCUCUGAUCGCGAACUUAAAACACCAGCUAAAGAUGAAACACUUCACGUGAUGGACCAAAUGAAAGAAUUAGGAGUGCUAGUUGGAAAGGGUGGCUAUUAUGGAAAUGUAUUCAGAAUUACACCUCCCCUAUGUUUCACUAAAGAAGAUGCAGAUUGCCUCGUGGACGCGAUGGACUACACAUUGUCAAGAAUGUGAAGCUUAAAUAAGAUCCAAAGUGAAAAUAAAUGUCUACUUUAUUUUAUCAUUUUAAUAAAAACUCUGUUAGUUCGUCUCUCUAGACUCUAGCAAGUAAAGUUUAUAUAUUUUUUACAUGCAGGCUUAGACCUAUAGUAGCCAAUUGUCAUGGUAGAAAACGAAUGAGCCAACAACUCGUUGUCUCGUUUAUCUUAUCUCGUCCUCGUUUUGCUGGCUGCUCCUUUAUUUUUAGAUUUAUGUCAAUCCUGAUCUUUGUUCAUUUUUCUUUUUGGUCAUAUAAAUUUAGGGAAAUAUUUUCAUAUUAAAUGAAAAAUCUUAUCUCAUGUUA